AUGGACGACGACGACGUCGCUGUCGUAGGUCACGCAAACAAUCGUAGUUCCCAUGGAGUGGGGAGCGUUGAGAUCCAUGGCUACUUGAGAGAAAAUGAGAGGAUGCUAUAUUUUCUUUUGUAUCUUAUAUUUGAGGUGCUAUAUUUUUACCUAUUUAAUUUUCAGGUAAUCAGUUUAGGAGAUACUAUCAAGUUUUCCUUGUCACCCACUAAGACAAAGGAUCGCUUGUCAGCAAAUGUCCCAGGUGUUCCAGUGGAUGAAAGAAAUUUGAUAAUUAAGGCACUCAAUCUCUACAGAAAGAAAACUGGCACUGAUAACUACUUUUGGAUCCAUCUUGACAAGAAAGUUCCCACUGGUGCUGGUCUUGGAGGUGGAAGUAGUAAUGCUGCUACUGCACUGUGGGCUGCUAAUCAAUUUAGUGGUGGUCUUGCUACUGAAAAAGAGCUUCAAGAAUGGUCAGGUGAAAUUGGUUCGGAUGUUCCCUUUUUUUUCUCACAAGGAGCUGCAUAUUGUACUGGCAGAGGAGAGGUUGUUGAGGAUAUUCCACGUGCACUGCCAAUGGACUUGCCUAUGGUUCUUAUAAAGCCUCCAGAAGCUUGCUCUACAGCUGAAGUUUACAAGCGAUUCCGGCUAGACCAAACUAGUUCAAUUGACCCCUUGGUGUUACUUAGGGAGAUCAAUGAAAAUGGAAUAUCUCAAGAUGUUUGCAUCAAUGAUCUUGAGCCUCCUGCUUUUGAAGUACUCCCAUCUCUUAAACGGUUGAAAAAACGUGUGCUUACAGCUGGUCGAGGAGAGUACAAUGCUGUACUAAUGUCAGGAAGCGGAAGCACCAUUGUCGGCAUCGGAUCACCUGAACCUCCAUCAUUUGUCUACGAUGAUGAGGAAUACAAAGAUGUCUUUGUAUCAGAUGCAUGCUUCUUGACACGCGAAGAGAAUCAGUGGUACAAGGAACCAAGUUCGAUGAAUGCCUCAUUUAGCGACAAUACAGUUUCUGGAGUUGGACCAACCGCUGAAUGAUCUAUUUGAGAUAAUUGCUCUUUCUUUUCCUGAUCAAUUAGAUCUCGAUGAGAUUGAGCAUAUAUAGCACAUUGCUGAGGAUGAACCAGAAGAGGUUUGUUCAUGGCAGUGUUAUAGAGGUACCUUUGGAACAAUUGUAACUCGUCGAGUGAUUCUACUUUUAGUUAGCAAUAUUUGUACUGUUUUAUUGCAUGGCAUCUGAUACCUUUCAUCCAAUAAGUUAAUUGUAAGAUUACUAAAUCGUUCGUUGUUGAAAUUCAUGAAUUGAGUUAUGAGAUCGUAAUUUUU